UUAUAAUUAAUUCACUCCGUUUUAUUCGGUGGUCACUCUGGUAUCUGACAGUGAACAGAAUGCGCCACCGGUCAGGCCCUACCCUCGGGGCCCUUGUCGUCUUGCUCUCGGGGACAGUACUAAGCUCUGAGGUGACGCGUAUCGAUCCCUUUUUCGGGAGUACAAAUGGAGGAACCAGAGUAACUAUAUAUGGAAGCGGAUUUGCUGCAAACCAGUUUAACUGGGGCAGUGGAAAUGAGAACUUGGGAAACGAGGUAACCAUUAUAUCUGGAACACAGUCAUAUAAGACGGAGAUUCACAAAGAUGGCUGCACGGAAGACCAGAUUCAGUUCUACACCCCACCCUUACCUGCAGGGAAAUAUGGAUUCCAGGUCAAGGUUGACGGGAAAAUAGUGACCAGCGUCUGUGCUGCAGAUUCCUCGAAAUGCGUCUUCGAGACUAUCGCAUGGGCAACGCCCACCGUGGAAUCCGUCUACCCGAGAUCUGGGACACCAGGCACACUUCUGACGGUGAAAGGUAGAAUAAUUACCACCAGAUAUGGCAGCAACAUCGCCGAGAGUGACAACGGGAAAGAAGAGAAAUUACUCAGGGUGUAUGCCCCACAGGGAUACCAGUGUGAAAUGAAAGCACCAGGAAGUGAUGAAUUCUAUGGAAUUGGUCUGAAUAGUGAGACAAGUGUCAAAGGAUACUUCACAUGCAAGACCACUGGAACGUAUGUCACUAGUGCCAAUAUUAGCUUUAUUGUGGAAGGGAAGUAUGGAAGAUCAUUGCCUGUGAAUGAUGUUCUGAAAUACAGCGGGAGCAAUGCCAUUCAGAUGUUUCAGACAUAUGCAGUGAUUUCCUCUGUGACACCCUCCUUCGGUAGUACCAGUGGAGGCACUAAGAUUAAGCUGACUGGACAGUUUUUCAACAACACGGAGAAGCCAUUGCGAGUGGAGGUCGGAGGCAAACCCUGUACCAACCUGAAGCUGGUGUCAGACACAGAAAUGACCUGUGACACGCCCCCACAACCUGCCUCCCAGCCUUUCUACACAGGUAACAGAGGUCUGUUGUAUGAAGCAUGGACCAGCACCGCCAAGAACUACGGCACCAUCGACGAGAUUCUUACCCUGGACAGCUCAGCUGCCGAUUACAACUCCACUAUCAUUGACGAGACCUACUUCUCUGAUAGCUCCAACAAAAGCUUCGUGUCCCGCCUCAGCGGAAUCUUCAUUCCUUCCCAUAAUUCCUCCUACAGAUUCUUCGUUAAAUGUGAUGACUAUGCAGUUCUUUAUUUCAGUGAAACUGGCAACCCAGCAGAUAAACAAAAGAUUGCAAACUGCUCAAAGUACUCCACCAGCUACACUCGAAGUGAGCAAGGAUCAGCCCUGAUGACUCUUACAGCGGGCAAAAAGUAUUACCUGAUGAUUCUGCAUGGUGAGCACCUUAUGGGAGCCUUCGCUCAGGUAGGAGUGAAAAUGUUCACCUCCCCCGUCACUAAUGCCGAAUGUGGAUCAGCCAAUCAGGAGCAGCAAACUGUGUCUGUGUCGUCCACUGUUGUGGAUGAAGUACAGACCGUGAGCUUGUCAGGUUUCAACAGCCUGGAUGAAACCUACACACCCGAGAAACAGACGGUGGUUGUGUCAAACAUUGGAGGAAAUGAACAGAUCACAUUCAGACUCGGGUUGUACGGCGUUUUCACAGGUCCCCUGAAGGCCUCCAGUGAUGCCACCGCCAUCGAAGCGGCCUUGAACCUUCUUCCUGUGAUCGCCCCGGACACCGUCUCUAUCAGCACCACGGCAGGGGCCACCAGUAACACAUUCGUCAUCACCUUCAACUCCGCCCUCGGAGACAUCCCAUUGCUGGAGACCAAGAUUGACGUAACAGGAAGUUCCUUGACUGUGACUGCCUCUGACAACCAGAAUGGUGUCGCCGGAGGCAAGAACGUCCGCUUUAGCAUGAAUGGCAACAUCUCCCCAGCUUUUACUUACGGAGGAAGUGCUGCUGAUGUCAAGACAGCUGUGGAGGGUCUGUUUUCAGUGAGGUGUCCCUCAACAUUUGUGGGUGGAGACAACAAAUAUUUCCAGGAUUUUGAGAACCAGGCCGCAGUGAAAGCCAUGGGAGAAAUCAUCAGUUAUGUGACCCCAUUCUGUGGGCGACACUCUAUCAAAAACCCGAAAUAUGUGUAUGAAGCCCCGGAAACUAAACUCGGAAUUAGUCUCAGUCAAUACGGUGUAGUGUGCUUUGCUUACUUGGGACCAAUCAAUCCAGUUCUUGGAGUCACUUACAAAUUUUACGACAAGACGACCCUGACCACCAGUUCCGCUACCAACUACCUGACUAUUGCUAAUGCUGAGGCAUCAACUACGUGGAACUAUGUCUGUGUGAAUGUUGUGGAUGAACUGAGCAAAUUGAAGCCAGAUGGCAGUUCAUUUGAGGCUCGUAAACUGGUUGUUUACCGCAAUAACUCCGCUGUGGACCCAUUACUGGUGGACGCUGUCAUUGUGGUUCGUAGCAGUCUCGCCACUGACACCAAAGAGGGAAUCCUGGGACAGAGGCUUGUUGGCUCCACUCCCGGGGGUUUCCCCAUGAAGACCCUGAAGGUUGAGGACAAUGCUGGAGUAUACACCAUAACCAUGUCCCCCAACAACUGCAGCUACGAGAUCCCCCUCCUUGGAUUGGCCAAUGCAAAGGCCUCCCAGUCCGAUUUGGUGAAAUCCACAUCAGCCUCAUUUUCAGCUACAACUAAAGCAGGAAGCACUAUUACCAUGACAACCAGCCGAACUUCUGCGGCCUCUCCCCCUGUCACAGGCUCUGUGGGAGUCUCCUUUGAGGGAAAAUCAGUGGAUAUUCCUACCACGGCUGAGGAGAGGGAAGUAAAAGACUUACUGAUGACCAUUCCUAACAUUGGCAACUUGUAUGUGAAGAAGGAGGGAGACUGCGCCAAGUUUACCUGGCAGAUUACCUGGCUCAGUAGGACUGGGGACCUUCCCGAGGCCACGGUGGACGGUUCCAAACUCAGUGGAAUGUCACCGACAGCUUCCAUCAAGACAGAUGUAAAUGGUGGACUGUGGUACGACCCCAUUCCCGGUGACAUGCUCAGGACUUAUGAGACCACCCCCCAGGUCAUUGCCUAUGUCAAUGAUAUUCCCACUCGUUGUGAGGGCUCCUGUGGGUUUGAGUGGAAAUCUACCAGUACCCCAUCUGUCACAGCCAUUUCUCCAUCAUCUGACUUCUCAGGCGCCACUCUGACCAUCACUGGAACCUCUUUUGGGGCCACACCGGCCGAUAACACAGUGACAAUUGGAGGAGUGGACUGCCCCGUGACAAGUGCCAGCUCCACCCAGCUGGUGUGUACCCUGGGAGCGGGGACUGGGACCCAUGAUGUGGAGGUCAAUGUAGCAGGAGUAGGACUGGCCAGUGGUAGCCACACCUUCACAUACAACACACGGAUCACCAGCAUUGCCCCCACCAGUGGCAGCUUAGCAGGUGGUACCCUCCUGAAGGUUUCUGGGUCAGGAUUCUCCCCCACAGCUGUGGUGACCAUCAACUCUGACACCUGUACCAAGGUGACCACCACAACCUCCGAGAUCGUGUGUCUGACCCCAUCUGCAUCCACCCCAGGCAGUGCAUCAGUGACCUUGACACAGACAGGAACCACCUUGACUGCCACCCAGCAGUUCAAUUAUGAUACUGCCCUGACAGCAAACAUUGCUACAGUCUCUCCCACCAGCUCCAGUGUCACAGGAGGUGGUACCUUGGUGUUGGAGGGGACAGGAUUUGGAGCCAGCCAGCCUGCAGGCACCACCCUAGUGAUUGGAGGGGAGCCCGCCACCAUCACCUUGUACACCAACACCAGAGUGGAGGCCACAUUCCCUGCCCAGGCCGCCGGAAACCACGCCAUCAAGUUCACCGUCGGCAACAGUGGAUAUGCUGCCAUCUCAUCCAGUACCAAGAGCAUAGCUUACAGCCUUAAGGUGACUCACAUAUUCCCCCGCAGUGGGUCUCUGUAUGGAGGCACUGUGGUCACAGUAACCGGACAAGGAUUCGGAAACACUGCCUCUCACAUCAAGGCCAGCUUUGGCGGUCAUGCCUGUGACGUGGUCGGCACUGUAACCGACACUCAGUUCAAAUGUCAGAUCGCUACAACCGGUAAAGUUCAUCAGGUCACUAACCAGGGAACCAGCUCAGUGUAUGGUGUUGGGUAUGCCUGGAGUCCAAUGACCUUGGACGCUAACGUCGGGGAUUUCAUCGAGUGGAAGUGGUCUGUGGCAGCUGGAGUGUCUGGAAUCAACAUUGGUGUGUAUCAGACAGACACCGCCGUUGCCACCACCAGCUCUGGAUUCUCCAGUGGAGCAGCAGUCCCCUCUGGAAUGUACAAGUACCAGGUGACAAAGACCGGGGAUGUCUUCUACUGGAGCGAUUACGUUGACGCCAAGAAAGAAAUCACAUUUCGUGGAGCCAUUAAAGUGACCCCACGACCCCAGUCUGUGGAGGACUUCACCCUAAAGCUCAGUGGAUACGAAGCUGAAUAUGACACAGCAUCAGGUGUAUCUGACCCAGCAGCCUCUGCCUGUGAAUUAACCUCCGCUAUCUCGGGUUGCACCGAAUCCCCAGCCACUGGAGGAACCGCCGGAAAAUUCCACUUCUCCUUCGAGACUUGUCGCUCUCCAUCAGUGUCCAGUGUCUCCCACGAUCAAGGUCAUGCGGUCCAGGAUGUGACUCUGGCAGGGUCUGGAUUUGGAGCCUCCGGGUGCCAGCAUAAGAUAGACAUGGGGGAUUUCACCUGCAGUGUCUCAUCAGCCUCAGCUGGCAGCCUGGUCUGUAAUGUGGAUGGAUCUACAAAACCUCAGGUUGGAGUGAUGAAAGAGGUCCAGGUGUCUGUUGUAAAUCGUGGCUUUGCUCUCAUGGCCACCCCCAAGGUCCCGACCUUUGUUCUCCUUCCCCACGUGAGCUCUUACUCCCCACAGGAGGGGUCUUUGAAGGGAGGCUUCACCCUGACCAUCAAUGGCGGUGGCUUCAAUGCUGACACAGUGGUCACUAUCGAUGCUAUUACCUGUGAGAUCACCAGUGUUACCUAUGACACAAUCACCUGUGUGGCUCCUUCCCUCAACACCUACAGCUCCAAGGCUCUGGUGGUCAAGGUGCCCAGUAAUGGCAACAACCUGGAAGCCAAGUGCUCCGACCCCCUGCUCAGCUGUUCUAUCCGCUAUGCCCAGGCCUCUACCCCCACCGUGACCUCAGUGACCCCAGACUCUGUGUCUGGGUCCUCCACUAUGUUGACCAUUGUAGGUACUUUGUUUGGCACCACUUCAUCAGGGGUCACAGUGACCAUUGGAGGGGCACCAUGUACCAUCUCCUCAGUGACUGACACUCAGAUUCAGUGUACAGUUGGAACAGUCCCCGUUGGCUCCCAAGAUGUGUCUGUUGUUGUUGAUGGUGUUGGCAAGGCAACAACUGCCAUCAAAGUCCAGAGUGAGGCUGUCUUGACCUCAAUCUCCCCAAAUACAGGAAGCACAAAUGGUGGUACCCUGGUAACAAUUGCUGGAAAUGGUUUUGUGACCAACAAGACAACAGUCACCAUUGGAGGAAAUGCUUGCGACCUGAAGACUGUGACAUCCACUAGUAUUGAAUGUACCACCCCAGCAGGGACCGGAGCAGCCACUGUAGCAGUGGUGUCUAAUGGAGUCACCUACGCCUCUCUGACCUACACCUACGAUUCCUCAGCCACACCCACUAUCACCUCCAUCAGCCCCUCCAGUGGAAACCCUGGACAGACCCUCACCAUCACCGGUACUGGCUUUGUCUCCGGAAUGGUCAAGGUUGCAGUGGGAGACACAGAUUGUACCGUGACUAGCUCCACCUCCACCCAGAUUGAGUGCACUCUGGGAGCAAGUUCAGCUGGUGCCCGGUCAGUACUGGUGGACGUGACUGGACAAGGUGUAUCAGACAAGACCAAUCAGUUCACCUACAGCCUUGCCCUCGGAAGUAUCAGCCCAUCCUCAGGAAGUCUUGGAGGUGGUCAAACUGUGACCAUCACAGGACAUGGCUUCUCUUCUAAGACGGGCAUCACCAUCUGUGGUGAACCCUGCCCCCUGGACUCCAGUGCCACCCAGAGUCAGACACAGUAUGUCUGCUUCACUCCAACCAAUGCAGCUGGUAGCUGUGACGUGGUGGCCACUGAGGGAUCAGAGACUGACACCCUGGCCGCCAGUUACACGUACGAUAGUUCCGUCACACCCACCAUCACCUCCGUCAACCCCAACUAUGGCGGAACAGGCGGAGGAACAUCCGUCACAGUCACUGGGUCUGGAUUCGGAACCAAUGCUGCGGCUGUGUCAGUGAAGAUUGGAGGUGUGACUUGCGCCAUUGACACCAUCACUGAUACCUCCCUGACUUGUACCACCGGUGCCAGAUCUGGAUCCAUUGACACAGCAGUGGCGCUCCAGGUCGCCACUAAUGGUAUUGCUGAUCAGACUAAUGCCGCCUUCCGUUACCUGGAUGUGUGGUCCUCGAGCACCACCUGGAUGGGAGGGACCCUGCCUGAGGAAGGAGAGAUGGUAGUUAUCCAGGAGAACCAGACAAUCCUAUUGGAUGUCUCUACCCCCAUACUGGGCAUGCUCCUCAUUCAAGGUGGAAAAGUUAUUUUUGAUGAGAAAGAUAUUGAGCUUAAUGCUAAGUACAUCCUAAUCACCAACAAUGGAGCUCUGCAGGUUGGACAAGAGGGUGCCCCCUUCCAGCAUACAGCCACCAUCACAAUGCAUGGAGUGUUCCGCUCUCCAGAACUCCCAAUAUACGGCUCCAAGUCCCUCGGCGUAAGGGAGGGAACACUGGAUCUUCACGGAAAGCCCAAGGUGACCUGGACCCGCCUGGCUUCCACCGCCACCGCUGGAUCCACCACCCUGACUCUCCAGCAGGCGGUGGACUGGGAGGUGGGAGACAAGAUUGUGAUUGCCACCACUGGGCACCGCCACUCACAGGAGGAGACAGAAACCAGGAGAGUGGCAGCUGUGUCAGCAGAUGGUUUGACCGUGACCCUUGAUUCAGCCUUGACCUACACUCACGUCCGUGUGACAGAGACUUACGGCUCCACUACUGUAGACAUGGCAGGAGAAGUCGGUCUUCUCUCCCACAAUGUCAGAUUCCGUGGAUAUGGAGAUCCGGAGUGGGUCUCAAACAUCACCAAGUGUGAAGCUGGAUUUGAUACAGGAGAGUUUGCUACCCAGACCUGUUUCCAGGGUCGUUUUGGAGAUGAGAUGGGAUCUGAUGAAUUUGGAGCUCACAUCUUGGUCCAUGCACCCAAACCUGACUUGGAAUUGGCCAUUGCCCGUAUUGAGUAUGUGGAGUUGACGCAUGUGGGUCAGGCCUUCAGACUCGGAAGAUACCCCAUCCACUUGCAUUUGAACGGUGACAUGAAGUCCUCCUAUGUCCGGGGCUGUGGUCUCCACAAGACUUUUAACAGAGCAGUGAACGUCCACAAGACCCACAACCUGAGGGUGGAACACAAUGUCAUCUACAAUGUCAUGGGAGGUUCCUUUUUCUUGGAAGAUGGCAUUGAAACUGGCAACUUCUUCCAGUACAAUCUGGCCACAUUUGUCAGAGCCAGUUCUAGCUUGUUGAACGAUGACAUCACCCCUGCUUGUUUCUGGGUCACCAACCCUAACAAUACCAUCCAACACAAUGCAGCUGCUGGCGGAACCCACUUUGGAUUCUGGUACAGAAUGCACGAACAUCCCGAUGGACCCUCCUUUGAUCCAAACAUCUGUCCCAGACACGUUCCAUUGGGAGUCUUCCAGAACAAUACCGCUCACUCCAUGGGAUGGUUUGGAUUAUGGAUCUUCCAGGAAUACCACCCAAGAGUUGGUGGUUCCUGUAGCACCACCGCGGACCACGAAGUGGCCAUCUUUAAGUCUCUGACAGUGUGGAACUGUGAGAAAGGAGCUGAGUCUGUCAAUGUGGGAGCUCUCCAGUUCCAUCAGUUCAUCAUGGUCCAUAAUGAAAAGGCUGGAUACGAGGGGAAACUAAUCAAGGACUCGCCUCAGUACGACGAAGCGACCAGCUAUGCUGUCAAAGACAGUGUGAUGGUGGCCAACAGCCCGGGACUGACUGCUGUGUCCGGACAGAAGAACUACUGCACCAUCGGUGGAAUUGUCCUUCCCUAUGGAAACGGAAUGUAUGGCAUCAACAUUGAAUUCCACAACUUUGCCCGUAGUGGCUGUAAUUCCUUCACUUACACUAAGAUCGACGGAACCUGUUCAGAGUUCUGUGGAGGUUACACCUACAAGUUCAGACAAAUCAGUUUCACCAACUCUCCUAACCGCGGAAAGUUUGACUGGAAAUGGCAGGCUGUGAUGAUUGAUGAGGAUGGAUCUCUGUCAGGUGGGGCAGCUGGAUCUCAGGUCACCCCAACCUCCGACACCCUACCCCCCUCAUGUACCAGUGAUUCCAACUUCAACAAGGGCGUGCCAGCCAGUCUGUGCCCAGGUUCCCUCACAUUCCACCGUGUGGCUCUGAACAACAUCCAGCCCGUGUCUCUGGAGGCUCAGAGGAUGAUCCUCAACAACUCUUACGGAAUCGACUACUCCGACUUCCACACCAAGAGAAUCUCCCACAAACCCGGAUGGAUCGGACUUCUCAUCGAUGGAGAGACCUAUAGAUUCUCCUGGGAGGGUGGAGAGAAAAUCACCAAUAUUUCCUACCAUGCCACCUUCUACCAGUUUGGGGAUGUAUCUAACAAUGUCAAGGUAUGCCAGCGUUUUGAGAGGCAGCCUGAUCGAUUUUCACUCGAUGGCAAGACCUUCCGUAACGCUACCACCUCUGCCAUGGUGUACGGAACCAACAAGAAUGGAGACUGGGAAUUCAGUCAAUCCGACAUGGAGCUCUGCUUUUUGGUAUCUGGAAAGAAGAGUCGCAGAAGGAAGAGAGGUUCUGGUGCCAUGCCUAUCUACGCAGAGGAUGUCGACUCCUUCAUGACCGCCUUCAAAUGUUACUACACAGGUUGUGUGCCUCCCCCAGACCCAGACACCAUUCCCCCAACCUGUACCCGACCCUCAAACGCAACCAAGUGGUCCGACAUGGCAACCUGGCAAACCGCAGAGGCUGGCUGGGGCGGUAACCUCGGUAAUGGAUUGUAUGGACUUCCCAAACAGGGUGACAAGGUCAAGAUUCCUAAAGGUUACUGGGUAAUUCUGGAUCAGGCAAUUCCUAGCUUCACAGAGCUGGUGAUCGAGGGAACUCUAGAACUCGACCACGGACCCACCAAGGACAACGACAUCACCAUUGACGUGACCUAUCUAUACAUCCGAGGAGGAAGACUUAUCAUUGGCUGUGAGGAGUCUGCUCCUUAUGAAGGCAAAGCUUCUAUUGUGUUGCGUGGUACUGCCAGCACCACCCCGUAUCCCGUUACAGAGGGGCCCAAUGUGGGAUCUAAAGUCAUUGGCGUAUUUGGAGGGUUGGACCUGCAUGGUAAGAACCACACAGCCACAUGGACUACCCUGUCCCAGACCGCUGACUCCGGAGCCAACCAGAUUACGCUCACUGACGCAGUGGACUGGGCUGUCAAUGAUGAAAUCGUGAUCACCGCUACCAGCUACAAGGCAUGGGAGGUCGAGAUCAGGAAAAUCAGCGCUGUGUCCGCCGACAAGAAAACCCUGACCCUGAAUGCCACCCUGGCCAACAAACACAUCUCUAUGGAAGAGACUUUCAGUAAUGGAGAGAAAUACUCCAUGAGAGCUGAAGUUGGACUUUUGACCAGGAACAUUCGAAUCAUCGGAGCCGAGUAUCCAGAAAUGUUCACCGAGUCCUACGGAGCUCGAGUCCUUGUCGGAGUCACAGCUGAUGCAACCAGACGCUACACAGGAUUUGCCAGGAUCUCCAAUGUUGAGUUUUACCGGGGUGGACAGGAAGGCUACACCGCGACCUAUGACCCCCGCCACGCCCUCAGCUUUGUGGACAUCCCCAUCUCCCAUAUCAAGCCAUGCUACGUCAAACACAGCAGCUUCCACCACAACCUCGGAAUUGCUCUCGGCGUGUACGGAACCAACAACCUGGAGAUACAGGGCAAUGUCAUCUACCACACCAUCGGAUCAGCAAUCCACACCAAGUCAGCAGGCACUGCCAUCCGUAACAACCUGAUCUCCCUCAACAUCUGGCCAGGCACUUACAAUGGCCGCUCCGAGUCCCAGAACAUCUACUAUGAUGGGUCGGUGGACACCAUUGGUGCUGCCGAUACCAUACUUCAGGGAAAUGCAAUUUCGUCCUCUGAGCGCUCUGGUUACCAUGGAGAUUUUGAGAGCUGCACGGCCACAGACACCUGGUUUGACAACGUCUUCCACUCCAACCUAAUGGCAGUUGGUAUCUUCCCCAUUGACAAAGUCAACCCACCAACCUGCUGGAGGAUCGCCAACAUGACCAUCUGGAAGAACUACAACUUUGGAGUAUAUUAUCAGAGUCAGUACGAGGUCAGCAUGGAGAAGCUGACGGUUGUGGACAACAACGUCGGUAUUUUCCCGAUGGUCCUUGGACCACCAGCUCUCGACCAUUUAUACCAGAACAAAAAGAUCACCAUUUCCAAGAGUUUGAUCGUCGGAAAGUCCUCUGUAUUUGACUGUGCCAAUGACAAGAUGGACUUCUCACUGCCUUACUUCACCUUGAGGAGAACUUUUGACAAGUCCUGGAGGAUUGGAACUGCGGGAAGAACUGGAAUUGGUCUGACGAUCUUCAGCUCUGGACCCAACAAUUCACCGGAGAAACCUUUCAUUGGCAUCAUGGCCUACAACGCUAUAGCUGGCUUCACUACCAUCACAGAUACUACUUUUGCCAACUUCCAAACUGGUUCAUCUGGCGAAUGUGGACAAGAUGUUGCUAUAACCUCUGACCCAAACAACGAUGAUGCCUGUCACCCCACGGAGCUGUCAGGAAACAGGAAGUUCAAUGUUGGAGACGAGAACACAGUGUAUUACCACCGACCAAGAUUAGCGAAGAUUAAUCCUGCCGACUGCGUUGACUUUGACUGUGACGGCCUCAAGAAGUGUCUUGUCGAGGAUAAAGAUGGCAGCAUGCUGGGAACUGUGGGAACAGUGGUGCCCCAGUCUGAGUUUGAGUGGGACGGGGACCCGAGACGUGGACUCGGAGACUACAGAAUCCCCAAACCUCUGCUCACUGACCCCAGUGGUGCUGUCAAAACAGUGUCCGAGGUGGCCAAGUACAAAGGUAUUCUCCGAGACAAUACGUGUACUUACAAUGAUAAGAGGCAGUCCUACCUCUGCACCGCCUACAACUACAAGCAGCUGACCAUAGAAAACAUGGAUGCAGACACCGAGAUCCGACGUCUCUCCCCUGUCGCCGUCCUGGGAUGGAACGACAAUGGGGACGGAUACAUUGACCUGAUUAACGGACCCCAGGAUCAUGGCUGGUGUGCAGGAUACACCUGUCAGAAGAGACUGUCCACAUUCCAGGCCAUUACUCCCAUUGGCAGAAACUAUUCUCUGUAUUUCACAAGUAAUUCUCCUCAGCACCUCCGCCUGAUGAUGCUCAACACGCCAAACAAAGAUCGCAUCAGAGUAGGGGCAUACAACAGCAAGCCAAAUCGACUUGACGUUUACGUGAACGGUGACUACAAACUUCCCAAGAACGGACAACUGGACUCCAACAAGAAUCUGAUUCUGCAACAAGCCACCAGUGUUGGCGAGUUCAAUCCUAAGGUAGACAGUGACCCAUGUGGAACAAAUUACAUGGACCGUGACUGGCAGGAGUUACAGGUCAUUGUGUGCGGUGGGGAUGAGGUCGAGAUUAAGAUGUCCCCUCAGAUCGUGGUGGGAUUCAACAUCCCCACUAUGACUGUGGACCAGUUCUUUGGACCCAACCUUCUCAACAAUUUGGCCACCUUCCUGGGUAUCUCCAGUGACAAGAUCAGAACCAUGCAAGUUCAGUCGGGCGUGAGCCGCCGAAAGCGAUCAACCGGAACCAACACCAUGUACUACAUAGAAGUGGGCAACCCCCCAUGUACUGAUAUCAACUGUACAUCUGCCGUCAGUGUAAUGACAUACACUGAUCAACAAGCCCUGGCCUCCAAAAUCAUCAACCAGUACCAGCUGGGUAAUCUCUCAGACAUCCUGAACAUCACCAUUAAUGGUGUGGCCGUGGCUGAGGCCCUGCCCCCGACAUCUGACCCUAACUGGGCAACAGUGGUAUCCUCCAGUAACUACCAGAAUGCUAUCCGGAUCCCGGAGGUGAUGGAAUUCCAGACGACCUUGACUGCUGGCACAGAAGGCAACGCCUUCCCUGUCCAACCUGUUCUACAGUUCCGAGAGAGCAAUGGAGACAGAAUUACCCUGCUUGGAGCCUCUUCUCACCCGUGGAAGGUGGAGGUCAGUUUGAGAUCAGGAAGUGGCAGCAACCCCUCGGCUACCCUCAUCGGGAACACCACGGUGUCCUUCAUCGACGGUUACGCCAACUUCAGCGGUCUAGGAAUCUCUCACAGCGGCUCUGGGUAUAUCUUAGACUUCAAGGUCAUUGAUCCCACAGAAGCGACCUUCACCCUGGCCUCUGCAGCCAUCAGUGUGGCCGAGCGACUUUUGACCUCUGCUGUGACCUACACCUCCCCCGACAUCUACCAUGGUAGUGCCCACACGGUCACACUCGAUAUCAGGGACAAAACAUCAGGGGCAACCUUGACAGACAUUGCUUGGAGUGGUCUGAACUGGUACGCUAACAUUUCCCUGGUAACUGGGCUCACCUACACCGGCUCAAUGACUAGUACAGCAACCAAAGCUUUUGACCCAGUCACUGGUCUAGUGACCGUGAACGACCUUCAGAUGGACACCGUCGGAAUGGCCCAUGUCAAGUUCACCGUGUACUCUGUCCCCACCCACUACUCCCACGAGGUCAUUCACGAGCUGUCUCUGUACCCCACCGAGGCCCAGUCGGUGACCAUUGACACCACCAGUGCCAUCAAGGUCAAGUUCGAUCUAGACUAUGCCACCUAUGGUACCACGCAGUUUGGAGCCGUCAUUGUGAACUACUUCCAGUCAAGGUUCAAGUACAUGAAGAUGUCCAGCUUAGAAGUCAGCCAAGGAAGUGUGAUUGUGGCUGUGACCGUGUCUGGGAACUCUACGACCGUCCUUGAGGUGACAGAAGCCAUGUGUGAUGCCAUUAAGUCGGGCACCAGCUUUACAUACCAGGGAACCAGUGUACAGCUCUCCAAGUAUAUGACGGUCAACGGAGCCAGCUACUGCAGUGACGAGGAUGAUGAUGACAAGGAGGUCAAGGCUUUGAUGAUCGUCGGAAUCUGUGUUGCCAUUCUCCUGAUCAUCCUCAUCAUUGCCGCCAUCAUGGUUUGGAGGCUGAAGGUCUACCCCAAGACAAAGACCCAUCGGGCCAGUUUUGCUGGAAAACUCCCAGGUAUGCACAGUGAUGGCGAUGCUGUUUACAUCGGUAAGGGCAAGGGCACCUUCUUCUUCGAGGACAGUUUCUACCGACAGGACACCUUUAACAGCCUGCGUACAGAAAACUCGUUCUUGGAAGGCUGCCAGAAACCACCCAUCAAUACCACCUUCUACGAAAAAGAGAAGGGAAAUGGUGGCUCUGCCCUCAGCAGGCAUUUCUAGAUAGCCGGAAAAUGUCGUUAAAAAAGAUAUCCCAGCAUCUGGACUAAGUGAACAAACUAUUUUUAUUGUUAUAUAUUUAUAAAGCAGUUUCUACCGUCCAUGGUAUGUUGAUAUUUGACACUGUUAGUUGAUUCUUUAUUGUUUUGUUUGAUUCUCUAGAUUUUUACAUCUGUGAUAUAUAUUCUCUGUGAUACACGAAAGUUACGUUUAUAUUAUUGUUGACAAUCUAACCCAGUAGAGAUGAAGUCUUGUCUUACUGAAUAAAAAUUCUCAACAUAGAA